AUGGACGUCAAUGAAAUCGACAAAUCAAAGUACACGCACAUACACUUCGCAUUUGCCGACGUCACCUCGACCUACACCAUCGACGUUAGCGGCCACCUACGUCAGUUCAACCUCUUCAAAGCUAUUACUGGAAUCAAGAAGAUUAUUUCCUUUGGUGGGUGGGACUUUAGCACGAUGCUGAGGACCUACAACACUCUACGGGAAGCUUUCAAAUCUGCGAAUCGAGCUACGCUCAUCAGGAACAUUGUUGCCUUUGUUAAGAAGCACAAUCUGGAUGGCGUUGAUAUUGACUGGGAGUAUCCGGGUGUAAUGCCCGGCAUUCCCGACAUUCCUUCCGGGUAUGCUGUUACCGGAAAGGACUAUUAUCAGACAUUGAGUGGCCUGAAUACGGCCUUGGGCACCAGCAAGUCCGUCUCAUUCGCAGCUCUGGCUUCAUAUUGGUACCUCAAAGCCUUUCCCAUAAAGGAAAUAGGGUCCAAUAUUGACUACAUCCUUCACAUGACAUAUGACCUGUAA